AUCAUGACGCCGACGCAGCCAACGCCUCAGUGUUUCCUCCAUCGCUCGCCUUUGAAAAGCACACACAUGCUCAGACGAGUAUCUACUACCUUUCCAACCAAGAUCCCUAUCUCUCCGCGGCUGCGCCUCUUCGCCUCUCACGGCAGGCGCUGGCGAUGACGCAGUAAAUCGCAGACUGCAUGGCAGCAAUUGAGACUCCCUGGAUAGACCAUAUGUCCACUCCAUCCCACCCAGUCGACGAUGGAGGUGCCUCUCGGCAGCCAAACGGGGACCCCAAUCCGCCUACCUUCGCUGCCUUCGCGCCCACGACUCUAGGACAAUCCACGCCUCACUCAAAGCUCCGGUCUACCAUUUUGGUGCACCAAAAGUCGCCGCUGCUCGUCGCAACCCCUCCACAAAUCACCCGCGUGUUGGCCUAUUCGCAUCCUUUCCUCGUUCCUCUCAACAAAGUCGUGGGCCUCCUCACGUGGACAACAGGGGAUCCAUGGGAGAGUUUCCUGCUCGUCGCAGCAUUUUGGGCCAUCACUAUAUACGGGGAUGCUGUCAUACGCUGGACAGGACCCUUAGUGGUGGUAUUCGGCCUCAUCUUCGGGAUGUAUACGCGGCGGUAUUCCCCGUUGUCAUCGACCGGCUGGAUGGGCGAGAAAGGGCAAAAGGGACAUAAACGGGCCGAGUCAGAAGGGAGUACGCGGCACCACAAGAGCCUAGACGAGAUCGUGGAUACCCUAAAGCUAUUCACGUCGCGGUGUAACAUACUCCUGGACCCAAUGUUGGGCUUGACCGACUUCCUCUCCACGCAGAGAACCGCCACCUCGGCAAGCACGAGACCCGCCCUCACGACCCUGUUCAUCCGAAUAUCAUUCGUCACGCCCGUUUGGAUCAUCCUAACCUUGCCACCGCUGUAUAUUAUCACCACCAAGAGAGUCAUUGUUACCUUUGGUACAUUAGUCCUCAGUUGGCAUUCGAGACCCGCAAGAGUCUCACGAACGAUACUAUGGCGGUCAAAAACCGUUAGGAGAGUUUGCACAACAAUCACUGGCCUCGAUUUCGGGGAACCGGCGCCGAAAAAUAGCGACGGGGCUCCUUCGUUGCCUAAACGAACGAAGACGGCACAAGAGAUCGCGGCAUCUCUAGUUGCAAAACGACGACCAGACUCCCCUGGGAUUCGAUUCACUUUCACGCUAUUCGAGAACCAACGGAGAUGGCUUGGCAUUGGAUGGACCGCUUCUAUGCUCGCUUACGAACGGGCCUCUUGGACGGAUGAGCACCUCAAUCCGGCCCCAGCUAAGGACUCCUUCGACCUACCUGAUGUCGAAGGAGGGCAUGCGCGAUGGCGCUGGGUGGAAGGCAGUGAAUGGCGAAUUGAAGGGUACAACGACGACUCGAGUGACAAUGAGAGCAAAAGAGCUGCCAAGGAGGAAGCGGCUGGAUGGAUUUACUAUGAUAAUAAAUGGCGAGACGGACGGCGGGGCCUAGACGGCUGGGGUCGAUACACGCGACGCAGGAAGUGGUGCCGAGACGCAGAACUGGUAGAGGUCACCCCAUCCACUGAGAUAACCCCCUCGCCAACGCCCAAGGUCAACCCAGCUGGAGACGUAGCUCUUUCAGACGUCGAAUCAAGCCAACUGAGCGAGCCAUCACUCGCCGACGGUAGGGACAUCGAGACGGCAAGCAGCACAUCCCGCAAACGACGUUGGUUCAAAAAGAGCCAUGACGAUGGAAGAUUUCCCGGGAAACCUCCUAGCGAUAAGAGCUCGACGAUGGCGAGCUCGAGCAGCCUGGAGCUGAACGAGGACGAAGACGUGCACUCGCCGCUGAACCAGGAUCGAGAGAACGAAUGGGGGCUGAACGAUGACAUCCGAAUGACUCUAGGGUAGCUCUAGGACAUGUCGUGGGCGUACGGGUUGGUGUGUUGCAUGCUGCGAGCGUUCAUUUGACGCACUCAUACUCGAAAGCUGCUGUAUCACCACUGUUGGCG